UCCUCCAGUCUCUCUAAUGGUGAGCUGCUGCUCUGAAAGUCCUGGUUCAGAACUUAGAAACUAUUAAUUUUAGGACAGAUUAGUUAUAUUCAUUACAUGUUUCCCAGAAAUUAAUUUUUGCUUUAGUUUAUGGCUUUAUUUGUCUGUUUAAAUCAUUAAAAUUGACAUAUGUCCACAGGGCUGGAUGGCUAAGUGGGUGGAGGGGCUGAGCAAAGUGUGCUCCACCUCCCAGUGAUGGAAGGGAUCAAUGAAUCCUCAGCUUAGUCAAAUAACUUGGGUUAGUUUUGGAAGGAUGCAUACUGUGAUCACGUUCCAGUCCUGCUGAGUUAAGCUGAGAAUUCUGUUAUGACUUUCUUAUAUGGAUUUCUUAUGCUUAACACCCUUAUUUUAUUUUAUUUUCAGGAUUUUGAACCACAUAGUUCGAAUAGCUGUGUUUGCUGAAUUCCACUAAGGUUAAAUUAGACCUAUUCACAUAAGAAUCCAGUCUAGUCACUCUUAUCAUCCGGUAGUUUCUCUCUUAUGACUCAAUCUGUUUACCCUCAGUCCAAAUAGCUGAAGAUUUCUUCAGCCUACUGACUUAUUCAUAUAAAGAUUUCUCCCUAUUUCCCUUAAGAAGAGAGAUAUAUUGUGUAAACGAGUUUUUUCUAGGCAGGUAUGUUUCAUUUUCCUCUUUCGUAGCCAAAAGAACAGCUAGAAAUGAUUCACUUUUUCAGUCAAGAACCCAUACUCUGAGGGAAUACCACCACAGAUGUUUCUGGGCCCCAGAGGCCUCCAAGGGCUCCUCUAGGGAACCCUAAUAAUCCUAGAGCUUCUAGUACUCCUAGAGUUCUCCUCAGUGUGUUUUAGGAUGUCCUGGAGCCUUCCCUGUGUGCCUAGAAGCCCCCCAGAGUAUCUAGGGCACCCUACAAGACUCCUGGAGCUGUCCAGCACGCUCUAGGAUGUACUAGAGAUCCCCCAGUAUGCUCUAGAUGUCUCCAAGGGCACCCCAGUGUACUCAAGGGCACCCUAAAGUACUCCCAGAGCUUCUUGGUGUGCUCUACCAUGCCUCAUAAUGGCAGUGAGCGAACGAAUAAACAAACAGGUCAUUCAGACCCAUGCAUCAGAAUACAAAACUAAACCAGACGAAAACUAAAAUCCAUUUGCAAUGUGGGAAUACACAGAGUAGUGACGUAUCUUGAUGCAUGUAGUGCAGGCAUUACUUUGGCCAUGCUAAAUGAAGCUGUAAGAGCUGGCACUGCCGGAUGUUUGCACGUUGCCAGCAUCCAGCGGCCUGAUCUGUAGGUGGAGGGUGGAGGAAGUUUGGUAUGCAAAUGACUUCUCCGUUGGGUCAAUCUGGAGGAUAUAAAUAUUGACAGAGUUGUAUCGAACAGUUCACUACAAAAUCACCCUCUCCAAAGAGAAAUGGAAUUAUUUUACGCUCUGACAAUAAUAGCAGGAAUUCUACUUGCUUUCCUAUUAUGGGUUUUAAUUGAAGCUUCUUAUCAUUCCUUCAAGGCAAAAAUUCCUCGUGAUGUUGACCAGCCAUCAAAGCUCAGCUUCUAUAAUUGGCUUUUUACUAUGAUUGAAAUUCUGGCAAAUAAAUCAGCAAGUUUGGGUAUCUGUAAGAAGCACGUACUUAUAAGGAUGUUCUCUAACGGACUGAGGGCAUGGGGGGCUUCGGAGCUCCUCAUAAAGGAUCUGCUCUUUGGUGAGGUGCCAGUGAGGAUCUACCUCCCAACAUCACCAUCUGCCAGCAAGAGGAGGGGAGUCGUCCUGUUCCAUGGAGGAUGUGGGAUGUACGGAAGCAUAAAAAGCCAUGAAAGAAUAUGCCAGCACAUAGCCAAGAAGUCUGAUUCCGUGGUGGUGUCAGUUGGGUACCGCUUGGCUCCUGAGCACAGCUACCCAACCCAGACCUUGGACUGUGCCACUGCCACCAUCCACUUUUUGAGGACUGCCAAGAACUACGGCGUGGAUCCCGAUCGGAUCAUUGUGUGUGGGGACAGUGCAGGGGGCACUUUUGCAACAUCUACUUGCCAAGAACUUGUGAACAGAACAGACAUCCCAAAGAUACGUGCCCAGAUCUUGAUCUAUCCAUUCGUCCAAGCCCUGAACUUCAACCUGCCGUCUCACCAGAAGAGUGCUUCCUCUGGCUUGCUGUCCCUGGAACGGAUGGUCUGUUUCAUCCUGAUGUACCUGAGGAAGGAUUGUUCUUUGAUGGAAGCUGUCUUGGCAGGUUCUCACGUUCCUGAGAGCAUGAAUUUGAGAUACAGGAAAUGGAUACAUCCAGAUCUUAUCCCGGAGAAAUUUAAACAGGACUACAAGCCACCGUUCCCCGCCUCAUACAUACCCCAGGUCCAUGAGGAAGUGAAACAAAUGUUUGAGACAAGGUUUUCACCACUCUUAGCAGAAGAUGCUGUUGUUGGCUGCCUACCCGACACCUGUAUUAUCACCUGUGAGCACGACGUGCUCAGGGAUGAUGGGCUGCUGUACAAGAAGAGGCUGGAAGACAACAAUAUCAAGGUGACCUGGUACCACAUUGAAGAUGGCUUCCACGGUGUGCUGUGCUUUUUGGGUUAUGGCAUUUUCUCUUUUCCCUCGGCGAGUAAAAUAAUGGAUCACAUUGUAAAUUUUAUAAAAGGCUGUUAAAAUGUCUCCUUCAAUACACUGAACUACCUCGCAGAGCGAGUGCAUUUCAGUUAAUCACUGAGUGUCAAGAAG